AUGGAUUUUUCGAGCGAAAAGCAAGGAAGCAUCCGCGAACCACCGUCCACGGAAGAAUACCCCUCGUUACCAAGUUCCGUCAGCAUGCCAACAUACCCUAGCGAUCUCCGCGGAGAGAAGUUACAGCGCUUGUCCGAUAGAGAAUGGGAACGAGCGCAAAUGGCAUUUCCCACAGAUUUUCUGAAUCUUGAGAGAAACAGCGAGAAAGUAUCAGUCUUUGCUGCCGCUGAUAAAGCUCUUGCGCGUCAACUCCGUGCUGAAGAAAGACGAAGAUUGAGAAGAUUAGCUAGGCGGAACCGAAGAAUCGAAGCUGCCUUGAGGAAGAAAAGUGAGCGUCAGACUGCGGUAUUCGAUAGGUUUCCUAAAAAGUCUAUGUAGUU